CACGUGAGAAACCUUGUAUAAAAGGGAGAAACUUGAAUGAACUAUAUCAGUUCGACUUUAUUCUCCCUUUCGGUAGCCUGACAUAAAACAACUAAAGAAGCUAAUGAUGAAGUUGUAUCUUAGCAUCUUGUUUUUGUUUUAUCUAAUGAAUGCAAAGGGUGUAAACUCGGAGCCACCGGAUAUUCUUCGCUUACACAUCCAGUCGGAUAUUCGAAUGAGAUUCGCCACCACGCAAAUUACAAGUUUGGUUGCCAAUAAUAACAAUUAUUCUCAAGAAGUCACCUUUAAUGUCAACUUACCAGAAGAGGCGUUUAUAUCCAGUUUCAAAAUGGUAAUCGAUGAUGUUGAAUAUCCAGGUGAAGUUAAAGAAAAGGAGCAAGCUAAAAAGGCGUACGAAAAAGCCAAACGCAAAGGUCAAAGUGCUGGUCAUGUUGCCAAAAAACCUCGAGAUACAAACAAAUUCAAGAUUAAUAUCAAUGUUGCUGCUCUGAGAAAUGUGACAUUCGAAGUUCGGUACCAAGAGUUGUUAAGAAGAAAACUCGGUUUGUAUGAACAUUCCAUCUACGUGAACCCUGGUCAACCUGUUGAAGAUGUAAAAAUACAAGUCUAUAUAGAAGAAUCUAAAGAAAUUCGUAUCUUGAGGGUACCACCUUUACGUUCAACUGAUCCAACAUUCACUGACGCGACACCAGAAUCAACGACCAAUCCAGACGCAACAAUUUCGCGCCCUUCAAUAAAGACAGCUGAAAUUACAUACGUACCAUCAGACACUGGAACUCUGGAUGGUAUUUUUGAAAUCAAGUAUGAUAUAGACCGACGCAAACAGUUCAAUGGUGAUAUAUUGGCAGUGAAUGGAUAUUUCGUACACUUCUUUGCACCGGCUGAUUUGGAACCAAUUCCCAAGGACAUUUUGUUUAUCUUGGACACAAGCGGCUCAAUGUCGGGACGUAAAAUAGCACAAGUGAUUCAAGCAAUGAUAUUUAUCAUGCAUGACUUGGUAGAAGGUGAUCGCUUCAACAUUAUGGACUUUGACGACCAAAUAAUUUUUUGGAAACCUACUCUGCAGCCAUGGAAUCCAGAAAAUGUCAAAGAUUCGUUGAAGUGGGUUAGACAGAGAAGGGCAUCUGGAGGUACUAAUAUAAAUCAUGCACUUCUAGAUGGUCUCGAUUUAAUGUCAACUAUUUCGAAUAUAACAUCAGAAGAUCGGUCUCCAGUAAUCGUGUUUUUAACUGACGGUGCUGCAUCAUCUGGUGUAACUAGAAGUACUGAUAUCCUGCGCAAUGUGGCUGAAGCUAACGAGAAAACAAUUCCUGUGUUUUCUCUGUCUUUCGGCGCCGACGCUGAUUUCACCUUACUUCAGAAAAUAUCUCUACAGAACUAUGCCGUGGCCCGACGCAUUUAUGAAGCAUCUGAUUCUGCCAUCCAACUGAAGAAUUUUUACAACGAAAUAUCUGCUGCGCUAAUGACCGAUGUAAAAUUCAAAUACUUUGGUAAUGUGGAUAACGAUACGCUAACCAAUAAUGAAUUCCACAGAUAUUUCAAUGGUACAGAAGCAGUAAUUGCCGGGAAACUGACGGAUAAGGACGCUUCGAGAAUUACUUGGAAUAUAAUCGGCAGCACAAGUUCAGGUGGUAUUGAUAUUGGAGAAACAACUGAAGCGCUCCAAUUGUCUGAUGAAGGCAAAAGAGAAAGCUUGUUAUCUGAUGAAGACAUAAAAAGCAUUCCAGAGAAACUGUGGGCAUAUCUGACAAUCAAACAGAUUCUAGAUCAAAUGACUGCCAGUGACAACCAAACGGAGAAAGAUGAGUUGAAGAAUCGUGCGAUUGAACUGUCCUUAAAGUACAAAUUUGUGACUCCUGUAACGUCAAUGAUUGUCGUCAAACCAGACAAGAAAGAAAAUACGGAUGAAGACGCUGCAGAAGAGGCUAGCCGCGAUCGGCAUCCACCUGCACGUCCUGCACCGGUGUACAAACGUGUUAACCGACCCCCUCCUCGUGGAGGUUCUUAUGGCGAUCCCCAUUUCUUGGUGAAACUGAAAAACGUGACUUACCCUAUAUGUUACAAAAUGCCCGCAAAACCAGGAGAGCUAAUGACGUUAAUAUACGAUCCAGUAUUACAAAUCAAUGUGACGGGGAAAAUAAGAGAAGGUACAGGAAGUUAUAAGCCUGAUCGUCCGAACAGAACAUACAUCGGUAAAGUUUAUAUUAAAACUGCCAAUAUAGAAAUAAUGAUAGCAACACACCAAAUAGUAUUCAACGGUAAACGCCUUAUUUGGAAGAAUGAAUCAGACAUCGCUUUUAAUGGAGCAUCCUGCGAAGUGAAUGGAAAAGGAACAUUUGUGGAAGUAAAGAUUAAUCCUGGUUUAACCUUUCUUAUCAGACGGAACUUACACGCACGUAUGGGCCCUAAAUAUGGUUAUUUAGAUUUCUUCCUCAUGACUGACGAUGGAUUCUCCCCAGAAGUAUCCGGAGUUGUGGGUCGGUUCAUUCCAAUGACGGGUCACCUCAUGAAGGAACACAAAAUUUCAGAAUUUAAAACCGAAGCAAGGUUGAAACUUACGGAACCGAGAAUACAUUACAAGCGAGCUGUUCACGUAGUCAUGCAUAAAAUACAAGAUUUAAUGUUUAAGAUCCCAUGCUGGAAGAUAGACAUUGAUAAGCUUGGUUUUUAAUAAAAUCACAUAAAUUUACAUUUAAUUUCAUCAAUAUUUCAUAUCUUUAAGGACCGUCAAUUGUAUAGCUAUGAGUAACUGAAACAUUCACCCAAAUAAAUAUUUUUUGUUUAAGAAA